AACAGGCCUCGCCAUUUUGAAUAUCUAGCGUCUGUGUAGAAUUAAAUAGUCAAUUGGGAAAUUACUUUAAAUACUCUGGGACAUAAAUAAUCGUAUCGCAAUGGACCACAAUAUGCUGCGUCACAAGGAGCUGUUCAAAGAGCAAUCAAUGGCAUUGUCCCCCCGCAAUCAUAAUGCCAUGAACCGUGAACUACAAAAAGAGACGCGCGCAAAGCAAAGAAAUAAACGCUUCGAAAGUAAUCGCAUAAUUAGCCUCAGUCCAACACCAAGGAAGCCGGCAACAUCUCAGGAUCUAGCUGUGCCCACUUCUGUCAAGGAGAAUCAAUUGCCAAAUCCAAUCAAGCCAUACGAGACACCUCAAGCACGGAAAUCUUCUACCGCGGUUGUCCAAAAGCAAUUGUCCCGCCAAGAGCAGUACUUGCAGCGUUUCUUACAAUGGAAAGCCGAAUGCAAGAAAAAGUAUCAAAAGUUGAAGCCUCGAGUUGGUCAGCAAUUUCAACCUUUAAAAGAUACUGCCCAAGUUCCGUUUGGAAAAGGUAGUGAGACAUUUCGACCACCUGCCAGUCUUGAGCACAAAGAUGCCAGUUCAACUCCAUUGGUCUCUCGACGUUCGCUCUAUAUGGUGAUAGAGCCAAACAAAAAUGAGGCACAAACAGUUGGUCGAGGAGGAGGAGGAGGAGUAGUAGAAACAACAGCUGCUAGACAUAUUAAGCCGGCCCCAAUGAAGACGAAGCCUCAGACAUUUACAGCAUCGGCAAUGAAGCCUCAGAAGUCUCAAGCAAGUACAGUAAAGCCACAGGCGUCUACAGUGAAGCCACAGAUAACUACAGUGAAGCCACAAGCUUCAACAAGCAAACCACAGAUAACUACAGUAAAGCCCCAAGCAUCUACAAGCAAGCCACAUUCUUCUACAGUGCGUCCGUUACCCAAGAUUCCACAUAAGAAACCACAGCCGUUGCCUACAACAAAUCCUGUUAUGAAAUCACAACAUAUUUUAUCUAAACCAGCACCUAAAUUGGCCAAUGUUAUGACUCAACCUUUUUCCAAGCCAUUGUCCACCAAACCAAUAACCUCAAGGACAGGAAGAACUAUAGGGAAAGCUCAGAUACUGAAACCUCAGCCUAUACGUGGUGGUGGUGUUCCUGCUGCUGGAGAACGCGGCGGUGCUGCUGCCAAAUUUAAGAGCAAAACUGAAACUAAACCACAUGUAAUGCGUGCGAACUUGACUACACGCAUGAAACCAAAGGCCACACUACAGGGAAAACAUACAAAGGCUAUGUUAAGGGAAAUACUGCAUCCUGUUGUUGCAGAGCCACCGCAAACCCCCUUGGACACCAGUGAUAAUCCUUUCCACAGUCUCGUAACGUCCACACAGUGCAAAUCGAAUAAUACGAGCAGUGUCAAUCUAAUGGAUGCUUUUGGUGAUGCUAUAGAACAGAUUAGCCCAGUGGUUCCAGUUUCCAACAAAUCUGAAGGAGACUUAAAGGUCAAGAGGCAAUUGAUAAACAAAGUCCAAGAAUUGGCUGUUGAUGACGUAGAUGUGGGAAUUGAAAAAUUGCCAGAAGAUGAGCCAUUAAAACGCAAAUUUAAUUUCGAGACGUGCGAAUCCAUAAUUGAAUCCCCAACUGUGGAUUGUAUUACCAUAGUUAAUGCUCCAACCGACGAGGAGACUCUCAAGCAUCAAGAAGAACAACAGACACCGCCACGUCGCGAUUCCACAUCCAAUGGGAACAAUUAUCUAAGUCCCUAUGUGACUUGUAGUCGCGGCAAGGUGAAUUCGCGUAAUGAAAAGGAGAAACGUAAUAGCAUGUAUCUACAGGAUCCGGAGACACCGCUGGAGGUGCGUUUGGCAUUGAAUUCAGUCAACUAUUUCCGUCAACAAUUGGCCCAGGAGAUUGAACGUUUGCAUACAUUAUGCCAGGAAUGGGAGGAAUAUUGUCAACUCCAUGAUGCUCGUCUUACGGAAACUGGUGGUCUCGAUAUGAUAAAUGUCACUAUAGGUCAAACCAAAUUGUUGACCAGUAAGAAAAUGAUGCAAUUCGAAGGUCUAAUUGAUCGAUGCGAGGCUGGAGCCAAGGGUAACAGCGGACCAAACGAUGGUAGCGAAGAUUCAAAACCUGUUCUGGCCAAGGAUCUAGAGGGUUGGUGGGACAUGCUAAAGCUUCAGAGUGACAAUGUAGAUAAACGCUUCGCUAAUCUCAAGAGAUGGCGUGAUAAUGAUUGGUUGGAUCCUGAUGCCCGCAAGGAAGUAAAACCGAAAGUUACUACACAAACUCUAAAGACUGCCAAACCCAAGGCCAAGGGCAAGGCCAGUUCUAGUUUAAAACAAUUUUUGCAAAAAGCUAAAUUGAAACAUAAACAGGCAGAGGAAGCAGCGGCGGCAGCAAUAGCUGCUGACCCAAAUACAACCCUAACAUCCGACAUCCCUGGUACACCGUCUUCUCGUCGCUCUCGCCGCUUGAUUGUGGUCCGCGAUCGCAAAUCAUUUAGCCCAGCUCGUACUGUACUACGCCUAUCCCGCAAUGGAAAUUCACCAAGAUCCUCAAUCGCCGGAGCUGGAGCUGCUGGUAAUCAACUACUCAAAACCGCCAUUUUGGGAGCCACACUUCAACACACAACUCCACCACGUCCUGCGCCGGUUGCCAUGAAAUCGCGUGCGUCUAUAUUGAAGACACCUGGUACAGCUAAGCGGGAGUCGGUCCAUCGGGGAGUCGUUUUUAGUGCCAAGAAGAAUGUGAGACGUUUCCAGUUCACCUUUGAUGAGGAUGGCGAUCUUGAUAAAACUGGUGGUGGGGAUAAGCUUGAGGAUUGUAUAGAGGAUAUGUCUGCGGAGGAUGUCACAAUGCAAAUGGCCAGACAAAAUGAUCACGAACCGAACCAGAAUGCUAGCAGUAGUGACCCCGCCAACACUUCACGAACCUACACUUUGCGCAAUCGCAGAGUAAAGUUGAGACCCUCGUCUGAGUUUAUGUAAAGUUUAUUUUUUAUAUAUUUUUUUAUUGUUGUAUGUCAGUUAUAUAUAUCGUUUUUUAAAUUUAAACUAGUUGUAAUUUAAAGCCAAGCCAAUAAAAGUUCUUAGAGUUUAGUUGAAAUCGGAAAUAAAAAUAAAGCAAUAAAAUUUGA